AUGAACAGAUUCUCGUUGGAGUUUAAGGAUAAGUUGAUGGAAUCUAAGUAUUAGAAGACAAAAAAACAACAAUUUUAAAAAGUUUAAAAAGUUCAAUAGAUUAUAGCUAUUGUGUUACUUUUAAUUUUUAUAAUUGUGAGUGCUUUAAGACAAACAUGGAUUAUAUUAACCGCAGGGUGUUUCAUCAUGGUCAUUCUGCUGGUAUCCAUAAGAAUGGAUAUGAAUAGAAAAUAAAAGUCAUACUAUUUAAACACAAUACUAGUAAGUGUGACCUUCCUCAAUUAUCUCAAAGCAUUACAAAAUAUUUACGUUGAUAAUGACAUAAAUCCCAAUUACUUAGAUGGUUAUAUGUUCGCACUCAUGACGAUAUCAUGUAAAUGAGUUAUUAACUAUGAUUAGUAAUAUAUUAGGGAAGUUUUAUAUAGAAAACUUUUAUUCUUGGAUCGAUUUACAUUAUGUUACAAGUACUCAAACCAACUUAAGAGGAAUUAUGGAAAUAAAUAAGUUAAUUUAUUUUUUUUAUUUUUCUUUGUUUGUUUCAGAUUUAUGAAAUAGAGAAGAUGCAACGAUAAGACUACCUUUGCUCCUUAAAACACUAAAAAGCUGAGUAAUAAAUGAUCAACUUUUGUGGUAUAACUUCUUAUUUGAUUUCCUACUAAAGAGACUCCAAUCAAAUUUUAUUAACUUCAAAUAACGAAGAAGAAAUAGUAAAAUUUGAAGAUCAAUAAUAAUUUAUAAUGUAAAUUAGAAAUAUGAGAGUAUUAAUAAAGGAUCAAGAAACAUAAACAAAUUAUCUCUCUCAAGAAGGAAUAAAUUAAGAUGCCAAAAUGACUCUGGAGAAAUUGUUAUAUUAUUUUUUGACUUGUCCCGAAAAACUCAAAGAAUACAUGAAAUAACCCUCCACUGAGUCUGUCGUUAAGUUAUAAGGUGUUCUAAAUUCAGAAAAUUACAAUAUCCAGAUACUCAAGUAUUUUGAUGAACUCCCUAGCGCCAUUAUAUUAAUAUCUUAGAAUAAGAAGGACGUAUUUAUAGAGGAACUAAAAUUAAGAUACAAAUUGUUCUAAUAAGCAUUAGAAACUAUCGAUCAAAUCUUCUCCACAUAAAUUAAGAUGAGUCUUGUCUAUCUUUUAGCCUUGCAUAAAUAUCAAAAACCAAAAUAACACAAUAAGGAUAUCUCAUAUUACAAAAAGGUUUAAAGUAAGAUCGCCAAAGCCUAUAAUGAUUUCUAAAACAUUAAAGACUUUUUUAAUCUAAAUACUUCUUUCUAAAGAACUAUUAUUCAAAACUUUAAUCUGAUUACAUUUUUAGAUGAUAUUUUGACUGAAAUUUAAUAUUAUUUCUAUUAAAGCAAGCAAUUCACCUUUUCAAUUAAAAGCAGAUUGCGAAAAGAGACAGUCUGUCAAGACUAAAAAUAACUAAAGCAGUUGAUCAUAAACCUUCUUUAUUUUAUUACAGAACGCUGCCAAGAUAUUACUAUUUAUUUAGAAGAAAGCGACGGCCCCUAAUAAAAAUUAGCGUUUAUUCGGAUAAGAUUGGAAUAUCAGGGCUUGCGAUUUUGCAAGGAUGCUUUGAAAGGAUUACCCUUUAUUAAUCCAGUAACUAUCUCAGAAUUAAGACAUAAUGCAGAAAAAACAUAUUAAUUAAAUUUACCUAUGGCUGUGGUCAUUGUUAGAAAACUUGGACCCACAAAUAAAAUUUAUAUUAAAUAAAAUAAAAAUGGCAAUAGUUAUCUAGAAUUCCUAAUUUUUAGAGAAUUGUAUGAAGAUUUUCAUUUAAUGCCUCUCUAAUCCCAACAUCCCAUUAAUUAUUUUGUAAUGAAUGCAAAGUCUUCCAUUCAUGGGAAACAUGCUGCAUAUUUGGAUCUAAUGGCACUCAGUCCAAGAAUAUAGUUAGAUAAAUUUGGACAAUUAUGA